AUGAAGAUCUGUUAUCUCCUUGCUUCAGCAAUGCCUCUCUUGGCAUCUGCCGCCACUCCAGAACCACGAGGACUGAAAGGUGUUGCUCGUCAUGGCAACGAAGAAGAACGACAGUUGCAAGAUGCCGAACCGAGGCAGGAUAUUGACCUAGGAGAGAUUUUUGGCUUUGGCUGCUUUUCACAAGUCUCCACUGUACAAGUGGAAAACAAGGGACCCGUGGCCAUGAAGGAUUUGCAAGUGGGAGACAAGAUCCUGACUGCCAGCAAUGAAUAUCAACCGGUCUACAGCUUUGGACAUUGGGAUCCCACCACCGAGGCUCGAUUCCUUCAGUUUCACACCAAGGAGGGAACCGUGCUCGAGAUGACACCUGAACAUCUGGUGUUUGAAGCUGACAACAAUGACCCCGUGCGAGCUGAUUCUUUGCAGGUGGGAGAUGUGUUGAGAGGAAAUAAUCCUCAGUCUUCUCAUACGAUUGCCAAGAUUGAUUCUAUCCAACGAGAGGGACUGUAUGCUCCGUUUACAGAAGAAGGAACCUUGGUGGUCGAUGGCAUUGUGGCAUCCUCCUACAUUUCCCUCCAGCACGGCCACAACGAUGUCAAGCUACAGAACGGUGCCAGUUUGGGUAUCUCCCAGCACGACUACGUACACAUGGGUAUUGCUCCUCUUAGAUUGCUAUGCCUGGGUGUUUCAGGUCGAUACUGCAGUACUGACUAUUACACCAGUGAGGGUAUGCCAUUCUAUGCUGCCUUUUCCGUGUGGGUCAAUCUCUGGGUCAACGAGCAAUCUUCCAUGGUCCAGAUGAUGGCCUUUGGUGUCAUCUCGUUGCUCACCGGAGCCUGUUUGGCAGCCGAAACUAUGUUUGGUGCUUCCCGCGCGCCUUUGGCUCUGUGCGCCAUGGCAACCGCAAUGUUACACGUUUUGGUUCAUCGAAGGCGAUCCCAGAAGAACGCAUGA